GGAUGGGCUGUGACGAGAAGCGAGAGCCCGUUGGCGGGCGCCUCCGGGUCCAGGAUAUUCCUGCACUAACCCAGGACCACUGCCGCAUGCGUGAUCCAGCGAAAGUAGAGCGCAUCAUCAAUGAAUUUGUUUUUGGCGGACCCGAACGCAUGCAAAUAGUCUCGGAUUUUGACUACACUAUCACCAAGCAGCGUACUGAGGACGGGGGAGCAGUGCCCUCAAGCUUCGGGAUCUUCAAUGCCUGCAAAUCGCUGCCGAAUAACUUCAAGGAGGAGACGGACAAGCUGUACCACAAAUAUAGACCCAUCGAGAUCGACCCCCACAUGCCUAUCUCCGAAAAAGUGCAGUAUAUGAUCGAGUGGUGGACCAAAUCGGGGGAACUGACUAGCGGGUUUGCCUUUGACCAGUCGGAAAUAGAUCAGAUAGCCAGCAAAUACAAGCAUGCGCUACGUGACCGCACACACGAGUUUUUCGCGGACCUGCAGCGCCUGGAAAUCCCUACGCUGGUCUUCUCCGCUGGACUGGGCAACUCGGUGGUCUCCGUGCUGCGUCAGGCAAACGUUAUGCACCCGAACGUGAAGGUGGUCUCGAACUUCCUGCAGUUCAAGAAUGGGUUGCUAGAUGGUUUCCAGCAGCCGAUGAUUCACACUUUCAACAAGAACGAAACAGUGCUGGAUGGCAGCGAAUACUACGACCUGGUACACUCGAGGGACCAUAUUAUCGUCAUGGGCGACUCCAUCGGGGAUGCGGACAUGGCCUCCGGAGUGCCGGCGUCUUCGCACAUCAUGAAGAUCGGCUUCCUGUUCGAGCACUUGGAGGCCAACAUGGAAAAGUACUUGGACACAUUCGACAUCGUCCUCGUUGACGACCAGACGAUGGAUGUACCCAGGACACUGCUGGCGCUAAUCGAAAAGCAGCACCAGCUGAACCUGGAGGCCUCCAAGCAGAGCUCGCUCUAAGUCUCGUCGGGAUGCGAAUUACCUCCAGCUGAAAUGUACUCGUAGCUGCUCCUGCUCUCUCACAAGGCAAGCUGCUAACUGGAAAACAAAGAAGCUACUAAUUAGGUGGUUUAGGCUAGCCGUUUUACUUAUGUAUCUUUACGAAUGAAUGUUUAUUUCAUGAAUAAAAUCCUAUUAAAAAACA